AUGGUCGCCUCCUCCGCGCGGCCCGCAGUCCUGGCCUUGACAGGGCUGGCGUUGCUCCUGCUGCUCUGCCUGGGCCCAGGUGGUAUAAGUGGAAAUAAACUCAAGAUGAUGCUUCAAAAACGAGAAGCAUCUGCUCCAUUGAAGACUACAGUAGCUGUUGAAGAGAACAAAGCAAAAGAUUUCCUGGGCAGCCUCAAACGCCAGAAACGGCAGCUGUGGGACCGGUCUCGGCCAGAGGUGCAACAGUGGUACCAGCAGUUCCUCUACAUGGGAUUCGAUGAAACGAAAUUUGAAGAUGAUGUUAGCUACUGGCAAAACAGAAACCGAAACGGGCACGACUAUUACGGAGAGUACUACCACCGUCACUAUGAUGAAGACGCAGCAAUUGGUCCCCGUAACCCUUACAGCUUCAGGCACGGAGCCAGCGUCAACUAUGAUGAUUACUAA